CAUCUUUCAGUACUAUUGACAUUAUCGCUGCUCUUUUUCUUCCACGUACCCCAGAAUAAACCGGGAAAGACGAGGAAAUACAUUCAUCAUGUCGACUCUACGCAACGCCGUCCAACGACGGAACCACCGUGAACGUGGCCAGCUUCAAGGCCGUGAGAAAUGGGGUAUUCUGGAGAAACAUAAGGACUACUCCCUCCGCGCCAAAGACUACAACACCAAAAAAGAGAAAAUCAAGCGUCUGCAAGAAAAGGUCCGCGACCGGAACCCGGAUGAAUUCGCCUUCGGGAUGAUGUCGGGCACCUCCGCCCGACAGGGAAAACACGGAUCCGGGGCGCGAGAUUCCGCGGCUGCGCGUGGGCUCAGUCACGAUGCGAUCAAGCUGCUCAAGACGCAGGAUGCGGGGUAUCUUCGGACCGUGGGGGAGCGGAUUAGACGGCAGAUGGAGAAGUUGGAGGAGGAGGUGCGGUUGCAGGAUGGGAUGAAGGAGAUAUUGGAUGGGGAGGGGGAGAAGAAGGGGGGGCAGGAGGGGGGGAGUGAUGUGGAGGAGGAUGAUAUGGAUUUUGAUUUUGAUUUUGGGGACGAGGAGGAGAAGAAGGCGAAGAAGUUGGUGUUUGCGGAUGAUCGCAGGGAGCAGAGGACGUUGAAGAAGAAGAAGUUGCGGGAGGAGGACGAGAAGGAGGAGGAGGAGUCGGAUGGGGAGGAGGAUUCGUUUGGGAAGAGGCAGGCGCAGAAGAAGUCGCGCAAGCAGAUCGAGGCGGAGAGACAGGCUCUUGUGGAGGCGCGUCGGGCGAGGAAGAUGAAGAAGCGGGCUGCUGAGGCGCGCGCUAACAAGCUCAAGGCCCUGCAGAAGCAGUAUAAGGAUAUCACGGCGGCGGAGCGUGAGCUGGAUUGGCAGCGUGGACGCAUGGAUAAUGUCGUCGGGGGCACGAAUAAGAAUGGGGUCAAGUGGAAGAUCCGCGAGCGGAAGAGGUGAUGCGGUGCGUCUUUAUCUAUGGGCUUUUUUACUUGUUUACUUCAAUCACUGGCUAUGAUUGAUGAUUCCGUUUGUUGCAUCAGGUGCGGUUGGGAAAAGUCAGUGUAUUCUACUAGAGUGGCGUUCGAGAUACCAUUUAAUGUACAGUGAUCAUCAAGACCCUUUU